GCAUUAGUCAUCUCUAAACACGUCCCCGUCAGUUCAACAAUCGAUGCCGAAGUUCUCCCGGGACCGCCAACCACAGCAGGCGCGUCUAGCUCAUGCGCCCAAAAUUCAAUGGUCACAAAUAGCGUCACCAAUUGUCCAACAUCGUUUUCAAUUGGCGAUCCAUAAAAUAUGUUGUGUGCAAUCUCCGGCGAAGCGCCAGAGCAUCCCGUUGCUUCUCGUAAAUCAGGCAACGUCUUCGAGCGACGCCUCAUCGAGGAUUAUAUCUCACAAAAUGGAACUGAUCCUGUGAAUGGCGAGGAACUCUCGAUCGACGAUCUCGUCGAUCUCAAACAGAGCCGUAUCGUAAAACCCCGACCACCGACCCUCACGUCAAUCCCGGCUUUGCUCUCGACCUUCCAGAACGAAUGGGACGCGCUCAUACUCGAAACUUUCCAACUCAAACAGCAGCUCGCCGAGACUCGCCAGGAGCUAAGCACAGCCCUCUACUACAAUGAUUCCGCACAGAGAGUGAUCGCUCGGCUACAGAAAGAGCGUGACCAAGCACGGGAUGCUCUUUCAAGAGUGUCGGGACUGGAGGGCAAUAGAGCAUCGAACGGCGAUGCGAUGCAGGUUGACGGGCAGGGCCUUUCGGAAGAGGUGGUCGACAAAAUCAAAACAACACAGGCAAACCUGAUGGCUACGCGACGAAGAAGACCUGUUCCGGAGGACUGGGCCACUGCUGAAGAUGUUCAAGCAUUCGACACAAAGACGACGAGCGAUACGCAGUGUACGGGUGCGAGGAAACUUGCUGCAGAUCCGACUGGUAACUUUUUCCUGUCUGGAGAUUCGGAUGGUACAAUCGCAAUCUUCGACCUUGAACAAAACACUAUUAGUACACGGAGCAAUCUAGGAGCAGGCGCAAUAUUGGACGGAACAUGGUGCAACGACAGGCAGGCCGUCUCUACUGCCAACGGCGCUGUGAUCGUCGCGCAAGAGGGCAAUACACUUGCAAAAUUCAGCCAGCACGCAGGAGCAGCCACGGCGCUCGAUGUUCACCCUAGUGGUGAUAUCUUGGUGUCAGCAGGAUACGACAAAAGUUACGUUUUGUAUGAUCUUGCGAAUGCAGCAGUUCUCACCCAGGUGUACGGCGAUGCUGAGCUUACUGCGAUCGUGUUUCACCCUGACGGCAAUUUACUGGCAACAGGGGGCGCCGAUGGCGCAGUGAGACUUUACAAUGUCCUUGAAUCCCAACUCGCGCAUACCUUCCCAUCACCUUCAGGCAGCUCGCCGGUCGUUGCGAUCAGCUUCUCUGAGAACGGUACAUGGCUAGCGACUGCGAACGAGGGUCAAGAAGCAGUCACAGUAUGGGAUCUGCGAAAGUUGAGUGCGCUAAAGACCGUGUCCACUGGCAUGGCAGUCUCAGGUAUCUCCUGGGACUACACUGGUCAAUUCCUAGCAGCAGUCGGCUCAGGUGGGACCGUAGUGAGUCAAUACUCGAAGAGCGGCAAGUCCUGGUCGGAGCCGCUUCGGAAAGCAGUCGGCGCAGUGGACGUCAAAUGGGCUGCACGCGCGUCGAGUUUGGUGACGCUGAACUCGGACGGAAUCAUUACUGUUCUCGGGCUGUAAAGCCGUCAGGCCAUGGUCUGGCGGUGGCUUGUACUUUAGACGGUCGUGGAGUAUGAAAGUGUCUAAUUGUUGUAUGCUACAAUGUCAUUUAUGGAAUGUGCAGCAUAAUCACAUGCUGGCAAGGGACUGU